AUGAAGCAGGCGGCGGCGCUGGCGCUGCUGCUCGCCCUGACCGCGGCCGCGGGGGAGGGGGAGGGGGACCGGGAGCACGUGUGGGAGCGAGACCGGAGGAGCCACGAGACAGACAGGGACAAGGCACAUCAGUACUUCUCUAACGACAGAGAUAUACUAGCUGAUAGCGCAAGGGAAAGGGAUGCAGAAGACGAGGAACAUCACGACAGAGACGUGGACGCCAACGUGGACCCGGCGUCCGCUCAGCUCGACGAGUGGAAAGCUAAACAUAAGCCGCGGCUGCUGACGACGGCGGCGGGCGCGCCGGUCGACGUGCGCAGCGCCUUCACGCUGAACUCCGACCUGCUGGACAACCCCUUCUUCCUCGACACCAUCAACUCCAUCACCAACGAACGCAUCCCCAACAGAGAGGUCAACGCUAAAGGCUCCGGAGCGUUCGGUUACUUUGAAGUGACAAAUGAAGUGACCAAGUACACCAAAGCGAAGCUGUUCGAGAAGGUGGGCAAGCGCACGCGCGUGCUGGCGCGGCUCGGCACGUCGCAGAGCGAGACCGGCGGCAGCGACCUGGAGCCGCUGGGCCUGCGCGGGCUCUCCGUCAAGUUCUACACCGAGGAGGGCAACCUCGACCUGCUCAGCAUACAGAUCCCCGUCUUCUUCUUCAAGGACCCGCAGCUCUUCACCUUCACGGCGCGAGCGCUCCGGAGGAACCCCAAGACUUACCUUAAAGACUUCACGGCGGUCUACGAUUUCCUCACGCUGCACCCCGAAUCUCUGCAUUCCUUCAUGUGGAUGGCUUCCGAGUACGGCCUUCCUCGAGGAUUUAGAAGAAUGAACGCCUUCCCCAUUCAUUGUUAUGAAAUAUAUAACGAGAAAGGCGAACAGUUCUACGUCAGAUUUAAGUUCCUCUCGGAGCUCGGCUACGAUAGCUUCACACUGAAGGAGGCGCGUGAGCUCGGCGCCGACGACCCCGACUUCUUCAUCCGCGACCUGUACAACGCCAUCGCGCUGGCCCGGCCGCCCGCCUGGCGCCUCCACAUGGACGUGCUGCACGACGUCCACGCCGUGGACUUCGACCCCUUCGACGUGACGCGGCUGUGGAGGAACGGCACGUACCACACCGUGGAGGUGGGCCGCCUCGUGCUGGACCGCAACGUGGACAACCACUUCGCGCAGGUGGAGCAGGCGGCGUUCAACCCGAACCACCUGGUCCCGGGCAUCGCGGGCCCGCGCGACCAGCUGUUCCGCGGCCGCAUCCUCGCCUACACCGGCGCGCAGAUCCACCGCCUCGGCGUCAACAACCACAAGAUCCCGGUGAACUGCCCGCUGCGCGCCGCCACCUACAACCGCGACGGCGCCGGCCCCGUGGGGGACAACGAGCGCGACGCGCCGGUGUACUUCCCCAACUCGUUCCACGGCCCCGCGCCGCGCGUGGAGGCGGCGGCGCCGGAGCGCCUGGUCGUGCGGCACAGCGCGCGCGUGGACCUGCAGCCCGCGCGGGACUUCUACCGGCUCGUGCUGCGGCGCCCGGCGCAGCGCCGGCGGCUCGUGGACAACAUGGCGGCGCACAUGCAGCGCGUGCCGCGCGCCACGCGCCGCCCCUUCCUGCGCCUGCUGCGCGCCGUGGACCAGGAGCUGGCCGCGCGCCUGCAGGCCGCGCUGGAGCGCCUCGACCGCCGGCGCCUGCCGCGCCUAGUCGAUGACGUUCCGAGGAACACACGCGACUACUCGGAGCUGUGACGUGUGAGUGACCUUCACCAGGCCAGCGCCAGCGGAGCGUGGAGCCGCUUGGCGCGGACUCACUUGUUUCAGUCUGAGAAAGCCCUGACCCUGACACUAUAGUUAAUGAUUUGUGAAAUUUAAUGAUACCAAACCUAAACCGUGAUUUUGUAUUUUAUUUCUUAU